UAUAUUUAAUAUGGUUGAUAAAAUCGCUUUUUUUAAGCAAUUCCAAUAAAACUACUUAUUUAGAUAUAAAAAUAGUUAUAAAAUUCAUCUUGUUACUAAAAGAUACUGUUAAUCCCUGUUUAUACUUUCUUUCUUUUUCUCUUCUUUGCAGUUUUCUCGUGAAUACAGAACAACACAAAAAGACUUACCAGAUGGGCAAGGCAGAAAACAACCAUAACAUGGAGGAGGGAACGCUAGAGAUCGGCAUGGAAUAUAGAACUGUUUCCGGAGUGGCUGGGCCAUUGGUAAUCCUUGAUAAAGUGAAGGGACCCAAGUAUCAAGAAAUUGUUAAUAUUCGUUUAGGGGAUGGAACAACCAGACGUGGUCAAGUCCUAGAAGUUGAUGGAGAAAAGGCCGUUGUUCAGGUAUUUGAAGGAACAUCUGGAAUUGACAACAAAUAUACGACCGUGCAAUUUACAGGAGAGGUUUUGAAAACUCCUGUUUCUUUGGAUAUGCUUGGGCGCAUUUUCAAUGGCUCUGGCAAGCCAAUCGAUAACGGGCCACCUAUCUUGCCUGAAGCAUAUUUGGAUAUUUCUGGGAGUUCUAUUAAUCCUAGUGAGAGAACCUAUCCUGAAGAAAUGAUACAGACAGGGAUUUCAACAAUUGAUGUUAUGAAUUCAAUUGCUAGAGGGCAAAAGAUCCCUCUCUUUUCUGCUGCUGGUCUUCCCCAUAAUGAAAUUGCUGCUCAGAUUUGUCGUCAGGCUGGUUUGGUGAAACGAUUGGAGAAGGCUGGGGAUCUUCUUGAGGAUGGUGAAGAAGAUAAUUUUGCCAUUGUGUUUGCGGCUAUGGGUGUAAACAUGGAAACUGCACAGUUUUUCAAACGUGAUUUUGAGGAAAAUGGCUCAAUGGAGAGAGUGACCCUUUUCCUAAACCUGGCUAAUGACCCCACAAUUGAACGUAUUAUUACUCCUCGUAUUGCUCUCACUACUGCUGAAUAUCUGGCAUAUGAAUGCGGGAAGCAUGUUCUUGUGAUUCUUACAGACAUGAGUUCUUAUGCUGAUGCUCUCCGUGAGGUUUCUGCUGCCCGAGAAGAAGUGCCUGGAAGACGUGGGUAUCCUGGGUACAUGUAUACUGAUUUGGCCACAAUAUAUGAGCGAGCUGGAAGAAUUGAAGGGCGAAAGGGUUCCAUCACGCAAAUUCCAAUUCUUACUAUGCCAAAUGACGAUAUUACCCAUCCAACUCCGGAUCUUACUGGAUAUAUCACAGAGGGGCAAAUAUACAUUGACAGACAGCUCCAUAAUAGACAGAUAUACCCACCAAUCAAUGUGCUUCCAUCGCUUUCUCGUCUGAUGAAGAGUGCCAUUGGUGAGGGGAUGACACGCAGGGAUCAUGCUGAUGUGUCUAACCAGUUGUAUGCAAAUUAUGCCAUCGGGAAGGAUGUUCAGGCUAUGAAAGCUGUGGUUGGAGAAGAAGCUCUUUCAUCCGAGGAUCUGCUAUACUUGGAGUUCUUGGAUAAAUUCGAGAGGAAAUUUGUGACGCAAGGAGCAUACGACACUCGCAACAUCUUUCAGUCACUUGAUUUGGCGUGGACACUGCUUCGUAUAUUUCCUCGCGAACUUCUUCACCGUAUACCUGCGAAAACUCUCGACCAGUACUACAGUCGAGAUGCAGCUAAUUAAAAGUGACACAAAUUCCUGUCCUAAAUUGCCAUUGCCUCUAUCUCCAUCAUGGUUGGUCUAGUUUUACAAGUUAAUUAUUCGCCCGCCCUUUUUUUUUUUUUCUCCUGUUUUAAUUCAUAAGUUGCCUGCCAUCUGCUCAGAUAAUAAUGGUUGAAUACCAGCGAGAAUUUGCAGUUCUUCUGCUUGUAAGCAGAGAUACCAAAUAAAUAUUCUUUUGGAUCGGUAAAAUAUGGGGAUAGGAAUUUUUUUGUUAUUUACUUUUGGCAACCAAACCGAUUUGGGAUUUUACUUUACAUUGAUGAGAAAAUACAGUCCAUUACCAGUGAA